GUAAGUGUCAGUUUGGUUGAGAAUUCUGUCAAAGCUGCCAGCUGUUUACGUUUUGUAUAGUUAUUUUGCGAUCUAUUUUCUUAACUUUUAUUAUAUUAUUAUUUUUAUGGUGACGCUUUUACUCUGAGAUUUAGAAGAUGAACGUUAAUUGUGAUGUCUCGUUAUAUUUUAAUUAAACCAUGUCAGAUGUCAAGAGGUGAAUAGUCUGUGUUUGUGUUUUAGCGUGAGAGUGUUUUUAUAUUGUUUGGGAUUUGAAGCGAUAAACAUAUCGGGGGCAAACGGGCUUGCGGCUCACCUGGUGGUAAAGCAAAGUGGGAUGCGAAAGCGUUGGUCGCAGGAGACACGUGCGUACCAUUGAGGCUGUGUGCGUGACAGUGAGGUGGUGGCUGUGUUGGUGGUCGACCGAUGUGGUUGAGUGAGUGCUGACCGCUGAGAGUCAGUCGUUGUCAUGGUGGGGUCAUGGCGUGCGCUGGCGUUGCUGGCCGCGCUACAACUGGCGGGCGCCGUCCCGGAGUCGCUGUAUCACAAUCAGUUCGCCAUACACGUGCCCGGUGGCGCGGAGCACGUGGAUGACAUCGCGAGGAGGCACGGCUUCGUCAACCAUGGACAGAUCGGUUCAUUGAAGCAUUACUACUUGCUGUCACAUCAUGAAAUCAAGAAGCGAUCAACUGAGCCAAGUCACGAACAUCAUAGAAAAUUAAAUGACGAGCCUCAGGUCCGAUGGGUCCAGCAACAGCGAGAGCGGCGGAGGGUUAAGCGCGACUACAACCCGUACGAUGCCGGUUUGUUCUCAUUGUCAAGGAGACCAACUCAUAGGACUCACCAUCGAGCGCUGAGUUCACUACCCUUUUUCCCUGAUCCGCUAUUUAAGGAGGAAUGGUAUUUGAAUGGUGGCGCGAAGGAUGGUCUCGACAUGAACGUUGCUCCCGCGUGGCAGAAAGGUUACACUGGAAAAGGGGUAGUAGUCUCAAUCCUGGAUGAUGGUAUACAGACUAAUCAUCCAGACCUCGCGCAGAAUUAUGAUCCCAAUGCUUCAACCGAUAUAAAUGGCAACGAUGACGAUCCCAUGCCUCAAGAUAACGGUGAUAAUAAACAUGGUACCAGAUGUGCUGGUGAAGUGGCCGCAGUCGCAUACAAUCAGUAUUGUGGAGUGGGCAUUGCUUAUAAUGCCAGUAUAGGUGGUGUCAGAAUGUUGGAUGGAGUAGUAAACGAUGCUGUCGAAGCAAGGGCCUUGGGUCUCAACCCUGAUCAUAUAGAUAUUUACAGUGCUUCUUGGGGACCUGAAGAUGAUGGAAAAACAGUUGAUGGUCCAGGACCACUAGCUAGGAGAGCAUUCAUUUAUGGAGUAACAAGCGGGCGUAAUGGAAAGGGCUCCAUAUUUGUAUGGGCGUCAGGAAAUGGUGGUAGGCAUACGGACUCUUGCAAUUGUGAUGGUUAUACAAAUAGUAUAUUUACGCUCUCAAUUUCUAGUGCCACACAAGGUGGUUACAAGCCCUGGUAUUUAGAAGAAUGCUCUUCUACAUUAGCUACCACCUACAGUUCUGGUACCCCAGGCCACGAUAAAAGUGUUGCUACUGUCGAUAUGGAUGGACGACUUAGACCUGACCACAUUUGUACUGUAGAACAUACGGGUACUUCAGCGUCAGCACCUUUAGCAGCUGGUAUAUGUGCUCUAGCCCUAGAAGCUAAUCCAGAUCUAACCUGGAGAGAUAUGCAAUAUUUAGUAGUAUUAACAUCUCGCCCAUCACCGUUAGAAAAAGAAAAUGGGUGGAUUGUAAAUGGAGUCAAAAGAAAAGUUAGUCACAAAUUUGGGUACGGUUUGAUGGAUGCAGCUGAGAUGGUGAAUUUAGCUGAACAGUGGGUAUCUGUACCGCCUCAGCACAUAUGUAAAUCACAAGAGAAUAAUGAAGACAAGCCUAUAGAAUCUUCAUUUGGUUACACAUUAUCAGUGUCUAUGGAUGUAACUGGAUGUAGGGAUACAGUAAAUGAAGUUCGUUAUCUCGAACAUGUUCAAUGUAAAAUAUCCCUAAGGUUUUUCCCCCGCGGAAACUUACGUAUACUUCUAACUUCACCGAUGGGAACCGUCUCAACAUUGCUAUUUGAAAGACCCCGAGACGUUGUUAGCUCUAAUUUCGAUGAUUGGCCAUUUUUAAGCGUACAUUUCUGGGGUGAACACGCUGAAGGUAGAUGGACUUUACAAAUUGUAAAUGGCGGCAAUAGACAUGUGAAUCAGCCAGGUAUACUAAAGAAAUGGCAACUAAUAUUUUAUGGUACUUCAGUUGAUCCUAUAAGAUUGCGAUCUAAAACUAGGCCAUCGCCUGUGGCUCCUCCGUUUGCAUUCCCAACCGCUGCGGAUGCUUACGACGCUAUCGGGGACCCUUUUUACAAUAGUGACGCGUUUGCUAAUUACCAAAACUUUCCCUCUUUAUUUGCCGCUGGGUCAGAUCCCGAAAAAGCGGUAGCCCGUCUCGACGGACAUAACGUCCCUUCACCGCAUGGGGAGAAUGUCCUCGCUGAUAGUAAUGACAAGCGCGUCAUGCACGAAUGUGAUCCCGAAUGCGAUUCUCAAGGUUGUUAUGGAAAAGGACCGACCCAAUGUAUUGCCUGUAAACAUUAUCGAUUGGAUGAUGCUUGUGUCUCGCGAUGUCCACCAAGAAGUUUUGCGAACCAAGGAGGUAUAUGUUGGUCAUGUCACGAGACAUGUGAAACCUGUGUUGGCCCAGGACAAGAUUCCUGUUUAACAUGUGCUCCAGCACAUUUAUUAGUAGCGGAUUUAGCUGUAUGUCUUCAACAGUGUCCUGACGGAUAUUGGGAAGAUAGUGAAUCAUCAGUGUGCCGACCCUGCGCUGCACAUUGUGCAACUUGUUCAGAGCGAGCGGAUGCUUGUACUUCUUGCGAGCAUCAUUUAGUACUUCAUGAUGGAACUUGUGUGGCUUCGUGCCCACCUUCAUAUUACGAGACAGAGGACUAUACAUGUGCUAAAUGUCAUUCAUCGUGUGUUACUUGCGAAGGACCUGGAGAAGCUCAAUGCGUGACAUGUCAUCCAUCAAGCUAUGCAUUGGAGGGGCGCUGUGUAACAUCUUGUCCCAGCGGGUACUAUGCUGACAAGAAAAGAAAGGAAUGUAUGAAAUGUCCAGUUGGUUGUACCACAUGUACAAGUGCGUUCUGUCUUACCUGUGAUAUUAAUUGGGAGUUAAAUAAAAAAAAUAAGUGUGUACCUGUGGGAUCGGAGCGAUGCAUUGCUGGAGAGUUUACUGAUGGACAAAGAUGCCAUCCCUGUCACUCAGCCUGCGAAACAUGUUUCGGCGAAGACGAGUCCCAUUGUUUGACUUGUCCAUCUCCUGAUUUACUUCAGGAUUAUAAGUGUGUGUCAGAAUGUACUCGUGGUUACUACCCAGAAGCAGGCAAAUGCGUAGGCUGUGUGCACGGGUGUGCAGACUGCGUAUCCCGUCUCAACUGUACUGCUUGCGCGGGUUCUUUACGACUGCAGUCUGGGGCCUGUAGGACCUCUUGCGCUGAUGGGUUUUAUGCGGACCGUGGCAUGUGUUCCAAGUGCUAUCUGUCAUGUCGUACGUGUAUGGGUCCACGUAGGGACCAGUGCGCCUCGUGCCCACAAGGAUGGAGACUUGCCGCCGGAGAGUGCCAUCCUGAGUGUCCACAAGGUUUCUACCAAACCGUCGGCGGUUGUCGGCACUGUCACCAUUACUGUCGUGAAUGCGACGGAUCAGGCCCACUCCAUUGCAAGUCCUGUCCGCCGCGAUUCAUGCUUGACGGUGGACUGUGUAUGGAGUGCCUCGGCUCACAGUAUUACGAUAGUAGCAGUGGGACCUGUAAAUCAUGCGACUCGACGUGUCGAACAUGCUCGGGCCCUGGUCAAUUCAGUUGCGCAGGAUGUUCGAGACCGCUAAGGCUAGACAGACUAAACAAUCAAUGCGUGCCGUGUUGUUCGGGCGGCGCGUCGACCAACACUUCGGCCGGGCCCGACUGUUGCCACUGUCAUCCUGAUACCGGCGAAUGCAUAAACUCGUCGGUGGCUGGUAAGAGGCGUAUUGCGGAGUGGUCCGCCCUGCACACCGCGCCGAGCACGCGCGCCGCACCCAGCGUCGCUGCCGUCACGCUCACUGUGUGCGCGGUCGCCGCGGGGCUGUUCCUCUCUGUAUUGGUAGUUUUACAGAUGCGUAGCGCACGGGAACCGCGACCGCGUUCGCGAAGCGCUCGCGACAUCCUGUAUUCCCCGCUCGCGUGCACCGACGACGGCGAGGUCGCUGUACUGAACGCUCGCACCACUUUCCCCGUAUGCGAGCACACCGAGCAAGCGGCCGAACACGAACACGAAAAGGAACCACUUCUGGAACAUUCUAUAUAGCGCGCACUGUGAUCGUAGACGUAAGUGUACGUACCUUUAACGUGUGCCACGGUGUAAUUAAUGCCGUUUGUGAUUUUAACACGUUACAUAAGUUUAAUUAGUGAUACGCGGUCACAACAAAUUAUUGAAUUACUGAUCGGAGUCUCGAUAAAGGAUAACUGUUACUUCCAUUGUAAAGUGACUGUAAAGUUGUGCU